AUGUUUCCUUUCUUGGCACCAAUACAGACGCCGCGGCAACGGCGUAGUCUAAGGCUCCUUUCGGAGAAUUUCGUCGAAGUUCAGUUCUAUAAUGGGAUUCCUGAUCGAAAAGAACGGCUGAUUGUUACACCCACUCAACGUCCUGUUUCAAGGAGCAAAGGAGUUAUAAGUACUUCUCGACCCACUAGCCGAAAUAAGUCCAAGUCACCACACUAUGUCUCGCAGCCUACGUCGGCCCGUUCUGCAAAAUCCUCGCCAAUUCCUCCCGCACUGCCUGACACACCGCCAGUGCCAUCGAGACAUCGUAACAAGGGACUCGAAACUUCCUCUGCGAUGAUGGAGCUGUUUGGUGGUGGUGGAGGUUCGGCAUUUGGAGCUGGUUCCGUUUUCGACCCAAUAUCAAGGCCUAAAGAUUCCGGAAGCUUCCACAGAAAGAAUAUCCUCGAAAAGGAAUUACAUCAGCUCUCUGAGUGGGAAGCUGUCAAAUAUCCUCCUGUGAAGGCUCCUUUCUUCUCAGAAAUUGAAGAUCAUACCAUGGCCUACGAUCGUGCGAGGAAACGCGGAAAUUGGCGUUCUACCAGCAGCCAAUUUGACCAAGUCGCUCAACCGGGCCCGGAAUGGUUUGAGGACUCUAACAAUCCUAAUAUGGAACAACAAGUAGAGCCUGCCGCUACCACAGACAUCAGUUGUGUUCGAACAGAAACGCCUAAUUUGGGCGAUGAUUGGAAGGAAGCCAAGGAGGAUGUGCUAGAAACUCCAACACUUUCAGAAGAAGAAAAGCAAAGGAUGUUGGCAAGCGAACCUGGACCUGAUUUGGGAGAUGAUGAGGAGGUAAACGCACUUGAUGAUUCUGAAUCCGUAAAAAGGCGCAGCGAUGUGGAUGCGGAAGCAGACGACGGGGGUGCAGCCGCCGCAAGGGACGUAGAGGAGGAGGCCUCCGCAGAAGGCGCGAGCGGUGCUGGUGGCAUGUCGCUGAUCAUUCGAGGAGCGCAAGUCGUCAACGAUGAUUCCGUGUUCUCCGCUGACGUCUUUAUUCAAGACGGAGUGAUCAGAAAUGUUGGUCCAGGAUUGGAUGUUCCUCCAGACGCAGAAAUCAUCGAUGCUGGAGGCAAAAUGUUACUACCAGCGGGCAUCGACGUCCACACUCACCUAACCUCCCCCGAUUCAGCGGAUGACCUGGCGACCGGCUGCAAAGCUGCAGUUGCGGGAGGCACGGCAACAGUUAUCGACGUUGUGUCUCCCAGGAGUGGAGAAUCCCUUACUUCAUCCUUCUUCAGAGUUAAGGAGGGGCUUUCUUCGUCUUUGUGCAAUAUUGGACUUUCAAUAGUGGUACAGCAGUGGUCAGAGAACGUCAAGAAAGAGAUGGAAAAAGUCGUUUCAGAAGGUGUGAAUAGCUUCAUUAUUGAUGUCGAGGGGGAUGAUGUUCUCUACCAGGUACUAGAGCACUGCAGGAUUCUAGGUGUUCACGCGCGUAUAUUGCCUGAAAAUCGUACAAUAGUCCCAUAUUUGGAGAGAAAAAUGCUCGACUUGGGAAUCACAGGACCUGAGGGAUUUUAUCAGUCUCGCCCUGAGGAGCUGGAGAGCGAACGUGUGAACAGUCUUUGUGUUCUUAGCCACCUGAGCAAUUGCCCCGUUUCAAUAUUGUCGGUGUCGUCAGCAGAAUCAUUAUCCGCUUUGGAGAGGGCAAGAAGCACAGGCGCUUUGGCACAUGCUGAAAUUGCAAGCGCUGCAGUUGCUGCCGAUGGAACACAUUAUUUCAAUAAAUGUUUGAAGCAUGCCUCCAUUCACAUGACAGAAGUUCCACUGCGAGUUGAAGGAUCAAGCAGAAUAGUGUCUGCGCUUGCUAGCCAACCGCUCGCCGUCUGCACUUCUGGGCAUCACGCUAUCUCAUCAGAAAGUCGUCUUUGCGCUAAGGACUUUACGAGUAUGCCUAAGGGAACGGUGGGUGUUGAAGAACGAAUGUGUGUUGUGUGGGAGAAAGCGGUUCGAACUGGACGAAUUGAUCCGAUGCGAUUUGUGGCUGUAACUUCGACAAACGCAGCAAAAAUGUUCAACAUGUAUCCGAAAAAGGGUCGUAUUGCCGUAGGGGCUGAUGCCGAUCUAGUGUUAUGGGAUGCAUCUGUUCGAUGGAAGCUGUCGUCUUCUGAGCGACAGUCAUCGGUUGACACCAGCCUUUACGAUGGUUUGACGAUCCAUGCUCAAGCUGCAGUCACGAUUGUUGGAGGUCAAAUAGCAUGGAAGGACGGAAAAAUUCAGGAAGCUAAGGGAUCAUUUGUUCAAUUGGCAGCAAACAGUCCAUAUCUAUUUAGUGUAGUUCAACAGAGAGACAAGAUAAGUACAGCUGAGAAGGUAGAUCGGGGGGACAGCGCAGCUCCAAAUGGCAUGCUACCCAAACGAAAUAACCAGGAGCCAUUGCACGAUCGGCCAACGCCAAUGAGAAAGUCCCAUCUGGAGUCGAAUAUCAGCUUUGGUACCGACAAUCGACCUGCAACAACUCGCGUUAGAAAUCCUCCUGGUGGGCGAUCUACAGGAUUUUGUGUAGAGCGGAGAUCGGGAAUGUCCAUACUGAUCAAAAAUGGUACUGUGGUGAACGAAGAUGCGAUGUUCAAGGCGGAUGUCCUUAUUACGGAUGGAAAGAUUGCAGGAGUCGGAUCACCCAUAGCUACUGGUGAUGUAAACAUCCAAAUUAUUGACGCUACGGAUAGAUUAGUGAUCCCAGGAGGAAUCGAUCCUCACACUCAUCUACAGAUGCCGUUCAUGGGUGAAGUGGCUGCUGACGACUUCUACACCGGUACUAGAGCUGCGGUGGCCGGUGGAACUACCAUGGUGAUCGACUUCGUAAUUCCAUCGAAAACCAUGCCUCCUUUGGCAGCAUACAAGCAGUGGCGAGAAUGGGCCGAUCCGAAGGUGUGCUGUGAUUAUGGAUUGUCCAUGGCCAUCACAUCCUGGAGUCCUGAAAUCGAGAAAGAAAUGGAGGAAGUCGUUAAGCCGGAAUUCGGCGUUAAUUCUUUCAAAUUUUUCCUCGCCUACUCUGGAAUGUUUAUGGUUCGAGACGAGGAAUUCUAUCAGGGAAUGCUCACAUGCGCUCGAAUAGGUGCUGUUGCACGAGUUCACGCUGAAAAUGGUUCAGUAAUUCAGGAACGAUGUAAAGCUCUACUCGAAAAGGGAAUAACUGGACCAGAAGGUCAUACGCAAAGUCGUCCUGAAGAGCUGGAAGCGGAAGCAACUUAUCGAGCAUGUGUGAUGGCAACACAGGCCAACUGUCCUCUUUAUGUGGUGCAUGUGAUGAGUAAAGGAGCUGCUAAAGCAAUAGCAGAGCACAGGCAAAAAGGCCAUGUUGUAUUUGGUGAGCCUAUAGCUGCUGGUUUAGCACUCGAUGGAUCUCAUUACUACAAUCCGAAUUGGAUGCAUGCAGCUAAGUACGUGAUGUCUCCACCACUAAGUCGUGAUCCUUCCACUCCAGAAUACUUGAUGGAUAUGUUGGCCGCUGGCGAACUGCAUCUCAUUGGCACUGACAACUGUACGUUUACAUGCAAACAAAAACAAAUGGGUCUGAAUGAUUUCACAAAGAUUCCAAAUGGAGUAAACGGUGUCGAGGAUCGAAUGAGUGUUGUUUGGGAGAGAGGAGUGCAUCGAGGAAAAAUCGAUCCUAUGCGAUUUGUUCAGAUCACAAGCUCAAUGGCAGCGAAAAUAUUCAACAUUUAUCCUAAAAAAGGAAGAAUUGCGAUCGGUUCCGAUGCUGAUGUUGUAAUUUGGAAUCCGAAUGUGAGCCGAGUCGUUUCGAAAACAACACAUCACCAUGCAAUCGACUACAACGUUUUUGAAGGGCAAGUGCUGCAUGGUGUUGCUGAAACGACCAUUUCACGCGGCAAAGUAGUUUGGAUGAAGAAUACCUUAACAGUUGAAGCAGGAGCCGGUCGAUUCGUAACACUUGCUCCGUACGCUCCGAUUGCCUACGCGUCAAAUGCUCAGAGGGCUAAGGUGAUGGCAUUCCGAUCCGUGAAGCGAGAUGAAAAGUCUGAGAAGUUACCUGAGCAGAAACCUGAGACAAAUGGCCGAGAAAGGACACAUGCAGGCGGUCGAAGUAGCAUCACUUUUGGAGAUUUAAACUAA